CACAAGUUCCCUUUCCUCCCACUGACGAACUCCGACCACCGGGAAGCUGUCUGUCUCAGAGGCUUGUUCAUUUCAACUUCUCAGCGUUUUAAAAAUAAUAACACAGCAAUGUCAAGCUACCACAAACCUGACGAGAAAACCCUGCAGGGUCUCAGAGAUAUCGCGAACAAGCUCAGGAUCAAGUCCAUCAAGGCGACAUGCGCAUCCAACUCCGGUCAUCCAACAUCAUGUUGCAGUGCAGCCGAGCUCAUGUCUGUGCUCUUCUUUCACACCAUGCGCUAUAAAACCGGUGAUCCACGCAACCAGUGCAAUGACCGCUUCGUUCUCUCAAAGGGCCAUGCUGCACCUGUUCUGUACGCUGCCUGGGCUGAAGUAGGUUAUGUAAAGGAAUCCGAUCUCCUUAAUCUCCGCAAGAUUGACUGCGAUCUAGAGGGACACCCUACCCCAAAACUAGAAUUUGUCGACGUGGCUACAGGCUCUCUAGGACAGGGUCUUGGGGCGGCCUGCGGAAUGGCGUACACUGGCAAAAACUUCGACAAAUCCAGCUACCGCGUGUACUGCAUGCUGGGUGAUGGCGAGUGUUCAGAAGGCUCCGUGUGGGAGGCUAUGGCCUUUGCUUCUCACUACAACCUGGACAAUCUUGUGGCCAUCUUGGACGUCAACCGUCUUGGUCAGAGUGAGGCUGCACCCCUGAAGCAUGACAUGGAGGUCUACCGCAAACGCUGCGAAGCUUUUGGGUGGAACACGUAUGUUGUGGAUGGACACGACGUGGAAGAGCUGUGCAAGGCUCUCUGGCAGGCUCAGCAGGUCAAGGGGAAACCAACUUGCAUUGUUGCCAAGACAUUUAAGGGCAAAGGUCUUAAAGGUAUUGAGGAUCUGGACAACUGGCAUGGAAAGCCCAUCCCUAAAGACAAAGUGGAGGAACUCCUGAAUGACUUACAGGCUCAGAUCCAGGUCCCGAACAAGACCUUUUGCCCUGAAGGACCCAGUAAUGAUACAGCACCUGCAGACCUUAGCCCGAUCCUCAUGGCCUCACCUCCGAGCUAUGAAAAAGGAACCAAGGUAAAAAAAAAAGUGACACAACAAAGACGUCAUCAGUUAUGUACGUAAAUCUUUGUAAAUAUUUCAGUGAUUAUC